AAUCUACAUUCAUAGAAAAUCAGUUGACAUCAGAUCAUGCAAUCAAUAAUAAUGUUGAUUCUGAUACCUCUUUUACAUCUACAUACUUGUAAGAAUAAAUCUGAUGAUAGUUUUCAUAUGUCAGUCUGUACAUCUGAAGAUGAAACAUGAUACAGAUGAAGAUGAAACUAAAAGUACACAUGAAUAUACGACUAAUAGAAGUAAAAGUAAAAUAGUGAACAGUACAUUAAAUUUGACAUCAUCUUGUUCAUCUAAAGUAGAUGUAUGUGAUGAUAGAAGUAUGUAUGUGGAAACUUCUGACAAUCCUAAUUUGAAACGAAAUAUGUGCCCAUAUUGUAAAACAUUUCAAACGCAAUUUGCAAGGCACUUAGAAGCAGUACAUAAAACUGAAGAAGAUGUGAAAAAGUUCCGUUUUUUACCUAAAGGUAAUCCAGAACGAAAGAAGAUUAUAAGUAUUCUUAGACGAACAGGAAAUUUCACAUAUAAUACAGAUUCCAACCUAAAUAAAGGAGAUUUAAUUGUAUGUCGACGUCCAGGGAAAAGUUUUGGUAGACAUGCAACCGAUUUUAUUCCUUGUGCAAAAUGCAAAGGAUUUUUUUCUAAAAAUAAUAUAAGACAUCAUUUUGCAUUAUGUGCUCAGAAAAUGGAAUAUCCUCAAAGAAAUGUAAAAAUAUUGGGACGUACUGUGGCUUGUCGUAUACAUCGCAGUGCAAAUACACCAUUAAGAAGAUUGGUAUUCCCAGUCAUGAGGGAAGAUAAUAUAACUCAAAUUAUUAGAUAUGAUGAGCUCUUAAUUGCUUAUGGUAAUAAAAUGUGUGAAAAGUAUCGUUUACAACAUCAGCAUGAUAUGAUCAGAGCACAAUUGAGAUUACUUGGCCGAUUUCUUAUUGCUAUGAGGAAUAUCGAUAACGAUAUAGUAGAUUUUACUUCAAUAUAUGAUCCAACAAAAUAUGAACAAUAUAUCAAAGCUGUCAAUGAACUCGCACAGUUCGAUGAAACGACUUGGACAUAUAAAAUACCAUCCAUUGCAUCAUCUUUGGGAACACUUGUGAAACAAGUUAGGCAAAUUUUAAGUAUGUGCAUUAAAAGACAAGAAUUUAGCAGACAGACCGUGGUAGAAAAUUUUUUGAAAUUACUGGAAGAGGAUUACUCUGUCAGUGUAAAUAAAAUUGUGCUUGAAACUCGAGGACAUCGAAAAAGACAAAAACAUAAUAUCUUGCCAUCUAUAGAUGAUAUUAAGAUAUUGAAUGCUUAUCUCAAAACUGAACGCACAAAAGCUUGACAAGAUUUAUGAACAAAUGAUUUCUUAAUUCGAGCAUGGCGUAUAUUAGCUAAAACAACAUUAGUAUCUGUUAUGAUAUUUAAUAGAAGACGUGCUGUUCACCAGUUGAACUAGAGCGUGCUUUAAUUGAAAAUUUGAAAAAUUGUGUGGCAAUUUCAAAAGAAGAAGCACCUGAAUUAUAUAAAUCUUUAUCGAAAUAUGUACGUAUGACAAUACGUGGUAAAUUAGGAAGAACGGUUCCCGUGUUACUCCAUGAAGAAAUAUUACAAUGUAUGCAAAUGAUUGUUAAUUGUCGUAAACAUGCUGGUAUUCCCGAAAGUAAUCCUUAUAUUUUUGGUAUAUGUACAAUAGAUAAAAAAAGACACAAAUAUUUAAGAGCAUGUGUAUUAAUGCGAAAAUAUGCUAUACUUUCCGGGGCGAAAAUACCAACUUCGUUACGAGGUACAAUGUUGCGGAAACAUAUUGCUACAGUAUGUAUUUUAUUAGAAAUAUCUGAACAUGAAGUGAAUGAUCUGGCGGAUUUCAUGGGUCAUCAUGAAAAGAUACACAAAUCGCAUUAUAGACAGUCAGUUGUAACAAAAGAUUUAGCUAUAUCACGUUUACUCAAAUACGCACAAGGAGAAGAUAUAACAGAUGAAAGUGAUAAAGAUACAACAGAUGAAAGUGAUACAGUUGAUGAAGAUGAAAAUAAGGAUGAAAAUGAAGAUGAUCCAACCAAUGAUAGUAACACAUAUUUAAGUUCAAAUAUUUCUGAUACUUCAUCACUAUUAAUAACAACUAGACAACAAUCUAAACAGCUGUCUAGCAAAGAAAAAAAUAUUAAUGUAGGGAGAAAAGAAGUAAACAGUUUAGCUCCUACGAAAAAAAUUAAGUAUAAUACAGAAAAUGUGAUCGAAUCAGACGAAGAAUGUAAUACAGAAUUAGAUUUAAACAUUUCCAAUACUUUAUCAUCAAAAAAGACGAAGCAAUCUAAACAAGUGUCUACUGGGAAGAAUAACGUAAAUAAUAGUAUAAAGAAAAAGAAAACAUCUCCUUUUGGUACUACAAGAAAAAGUACUCGUAAAAUCAGAUGGACAGAUGAUGAACGUACAGUAGUUUUAUCUUCAUUCCAAACUGCCAUAAAAAAUAAAACAUUGCCAUCUUUUCGUAAAAUUAACGAAGUAAAAGCUAAAUAUCCUGUAUUUAAAGGGCCGUACAAGUGCUCAGAUAAAAACUUGGUUACAUAACCAAAUAAAAACUAAAAGAAGGACCUAAAUCUAUUAUCAACAUGUGUCAUUAAAAUUAUUAUUGUCACAUAAAGAAGAUUAUUAUUUGUGAAAAUCAAUCGUUCCAGAUUGUGCAACAUUCACAAAUAAUUCUUGCUUAAACCUAGCGGAAUUCUUCAUAAAUACAAGUACUGCUUCUAAGAGAAUACUACAUGCUACGAUGAAAACUCCAUUUUUACGUUACAAUUAUAGAGAUUCAAGAUUAUUUAGAAGUACUUAAUAGAUAAAAAGUUUUUUUUCUCAAGUACAGCCGACUUUCUGAAAAUGAUAAUUUUUUUUAAAUAACGCAAACUGUGUUAUGUCUUAUAUUAUUUUUUAAAAACAAACUUUUCCUUUUUGCACAAGGAAUAGCAACAAAAAGUACAGCACUUGUAAAUCUCAUAUUAUGUUCUUAUUUUGUUCUUAUGCGUUCUUAUUUUGAUUAUUGAGGAUAUAUGAUAUAAUUAGAACAUGUAUGAUGUCCCUUAUGUUAUAUUUUAUGUCAAACCAUUUGAAAUCGUUAUGUUUCUGUUACAUUUAGAAUUACAUUUCUAUUGCAUAGUUAAUUUGUAAUGGCAUAAUACUUUAAAUAAACAAGAAAGCAGAAUCA